AUGGUGGACUCUCCGGGUGCGAUGAAGAAGACCUUCUCGGUGCCGGAGAUCAAACCGCUGGACCAGUACGACUUCAACCGGGCUAAGAUCUGCGCCAGCGUUCGUUGGCUGCUAUCCAAAUCGUAUGGCUCUGCAGAAAAUGUUCCUGUGGAGUUGCGGGAGCCGCUCUAUAAGGACCAAUAUGAACAAGAACACCUCAAGCCAUCCGUGUCCAAGCUGCUUCUCUCCCCGGAGAUCUACUGCAGAGUCCAGGCCCUGCUGGCUCAGGCUCAUGCUACCUCUCCUCCUGCUACACAGAGCGCUCCCGUUGACAACUCAGCCCUGCUGCAGUUUCUCAUCAAGAAGGGAGUCACUGCAAAAGUCCAGGAUGCAGAUGUGACAGAGGAGGACCUGAGCCAUGUCCCCAUCAAGACGAAAGCUCACCUGGCUCUCAUCGAGUCUCUGAUGACUCUGGCGGCUAAAGAAACGGUGGAUCAGGUGAAGAUGGCAGUGGAGGCGGAGCAGAUGGGUGUCGGGGCUCCAUGGGAGAACGCUCUGAUCUUCUGGGUCAACAGGCUGAACCAGAAGCUAAGAGAAAGCACAGAAGAAGAAGAGCCCCCCCGGUCCCAGUGCACCGACCUGCAGCCUGCUCAGGACUCGUGUCAGUCCACCCGCUGGUACUGGAAACUAGUCCCUCAUGCUAUCGCUUUUUGUUUGAAGGAGUCGGGGAAUAAGCCGCCUGUGAUCCGCUAUAGGAAGGACAAAGUGCAGUCGAAGCUGACUCCUACUUUCCCUCUGGUUUCUGCGGUCAAAGAUCUGUCUAAUGGCUGUGCUAUAGCUGCUGUGCUGCACUUCUACUGCCCCAGCCUGCUGCCUCUUGAGGAUGUGUGCCUGAAGGACACCAUGUCAGUGGCUGACAGUCUCUACAACCUGCAGCUCAUUAAAGAGUUUUGUGAGAGCAGUUUGCAGAGCUGCUGCCCCCUGGCUGUGGAAGAUCUGCUCUACGCGCCUCCUGUUCUGCAUCUGAACAUCAUGAGCUUCAUCGCUGAGCUGCUGGAGUGGUUUGAGGUGAAGAAGCCUGAUUUUGUCAAGCCCAUCCAGCCCAUUGAUCUCACAGACAUCUCAGGUUUUCUAGACUGCACCAGUCCUUUGAACGGGAACAGCAACAGUGGUUCUCCAUCCUUCAUCUUCAAACAACCCUUUGUGCCAAUCUCCUCCCCUGUGUCUCCAGAAAACAAAAGUUGGACAAAGAAACAAAUCAGUCGUCCUCUGUCAGCAGUGGCUUUCAGCAUCCCAUUUGGACUGGACAGUGAUGUUGACAUUGUCAUGGGAAACCCAAUAGAUUCUGUCUUUCGCUCCGUCAGCAAUGACAGCCUCACCACCGGCAUCCCUGCCAUGACUUCACCUCCUGAGGACUUCAGCCACCUGGUCAGCGCUUCAGUGCCAUCGCAGCAUUCAUCCUGGGGUCCUUACGCACACGCGGCACCACUGGGAGAGCUGCCAACCAUCGAGGAGGCACUCCAGGUGGUUCAUAGUCCGGGCAACAAAGAUCGAAAGAAGGGGAAGACAUCAGAGAAAGGUGGAAGAGGACUCCUGGGAGGAAGGCCAGAGGCAAGGUUACGUCCUGAAGGAGCUCCUGCUGGUUUCUUCCUUCACUCCCCAGAGGAGGAUAAUCCACAGCUAAGCAGCUCUGCCCCCUGUCGCUCUGGCAUCCUCUAUCGACCCGUUGGAGAAGUUGUUGAUUCAAAAAGGCAAGGAAGGGGAGAGAGGAGGGAGAGAUCUGGUCGCUCCUCAGAUAUGUCACGAGAUGACGACUCUGUUCUUCGAGACGGAAGCGUUGACUCCUCCGAAGCCUCAGAUGACACCCCGAGGAACGCCCCAGGUAAUAUUCGACCCAGUAGCAGCCGCCAAGGAAACCACAGCACCAACAACAGUCCACGUAUGACGAGCUUCGCUGAGCGACGGGACAGUAGACGGAGACAUCCAGCUGCCCCUGGAGAAGAGUCUACUUCAACCCCCACAACCCCAGGCACUCCUCAUACACCUUCCACCCCAGCAGGAGCACCAGGGCGCCAGGAGAGCCCAGGGCCAAGAGGUCCUGAGCCGGGCUCAGAGGCCUGGGAGUUGGGGGCUCGCCUGGAAGAGAAGCGAAAAAGUAUUGAAGCCCAAAAACGACGUAUAGAAGCCAUUUUUGCCAAGCAUAGACAGAGGCUUGGGAAAACUGCUUUCCUUCAGCUGAAAAGAGAGCAAGGAGAGGGAGGAGGCGAAGGAACGGAGGAGGAUAAUCUUACCCUUGAGGAGCGACUCACUCGGAUGGAGGAACAGCUGAAGCAAGAAGAGGAGAAGGAAGAGAAGGCAAAGAAAGACCAAGAGAAAGAAGGCGAGAAGGAGAAGCCAUCUGUGUCCAAUCCUCCUCGAUUAGAGAAGCAGGUCACAUUUUCUAUCGAUAGUAAGAAAGGAGCAGAGAAAGAAAAGGAAGCAGAGAAGGAGAAAGGUGAAGGUGUCAUAGUUGAGUACAAUGAAGUGGUGCAGAAAUUAAGUGAAGCUCUGCAGUCGCUACAGAAGGACAUGCAGAAACUUACAGAACAGCAACAGCAGCUCCUGAGCAACCAAAGACCAAGGAAUACUUCCAAAACCACUCCAAAAUCAACACCUAGAAGUAAUGCCAAAACUCCUCCACAUACCCCAACAAAGACACCACCAAGAACUCCAACAAAGACUCCUACGAAGAGUGCCACUAAAGCUUGGGUGAUCCCUGCUGGUCCUAAUACUCCUUCUGGUUCCUCACCAUCACGGCGUUCUCAUGCUAUCACCUCCCCUAAAACCUCAAUCAUCUCUUCUUCCUGCCCUACUCCUCGCACCAAGAUCCAUUCCUCUACCACUCCCCGUAGCCCCAAGCAUCACCCACGUUCCCAACACCAGCCUCACCCUCGACCCUCAGAACUCAAGUUCCCGCCACUCAACCGAGUCUUGACGCCAACCCAGAAUGUGGACACCAUUCCCCACUUGCGGCGUGUUUCCCCAAGCAAGUGUCAGGUUCAGACCUCCUCUUCCUUCCGUAUUGGUGGACCACGGACUCCACAAGAAUCUCCUCAGCCUAACCCUAAUCUUAACCCUAACCCCCCACCUGAGGAUAGCACCUCAGACACAGCCUCCAGUGAGACUCCAACCCAGUUCAGCCUGGAGCUGGAGCAGGAAGACAUGGAGGCUGUAGGAGGGCUGCCAGUGUUUCAACAACCAAGACAAGAUCGUCCAAGAGCUGCAGGUGGAAGCAGCUCUGAAGCUCUUUCCGAGUGCUCAUUUGAGAGCGACACUCUGUCACUUUCUGCUGCGUACAGCACAGGAGGAGAAGGUGCAAGGGGUGGAGAUGCAGGCAACCGCUGUAGCCUGAUUGAAGCAUCGCUGUCAUCUCCUGGAGGGCAAGAGGGAGGCAGUGAUGAACCAACUGAUGAAGGACAUGAGUUUUCCUCUGAUUCUAUGAGCGAUAACACUGAAUCCAAUGCGGAACCUGCUGGAAGACUAGCAGCUGAACCCUUAGAUCCCUUAGAGCAGCUGCAUCUGGCCAUGGGAACCAUCAGUGUGCCUGAACAACAAACCAAAUCAGAGAGAGAACAGACUGAAACUUUGGAGCCAAGAGAACAGAAUGAGGCGGGGCCUAAGGGAGGAAUUCAGUUCUUCUUUAAGGAGGAUGGCCACAGUGAGGGAGAGAUGGCCCAGCGUAGAGCAGUUCUGUUGGAGAAACAGCAGAAGAGAACCGAGGAGAUGAAGAGGAGGAGACAGUGGCAUGAGCUAGAGAGGCCGUCAUCCUCAGACAAAAGAAUGGCAUCUCCCUCCAGUACACCUCCUGCAGGCACAACCUCACCAUCACUCACCCCUCCUGCCACGCCAGCCCGUCGAGGUGACUUCACUAAAGGGGAGUACGCACGGCGGCAGCAACUCAGGAUCAUGGAGGACCUGGACAAAGUUCUUCAUCAGAAAUCAGCCACUCAAGGAAAAUCUUCCACCAAGAAAACCCGAUCAAGGCCUCGCAGCAUGACCAGGGAGGAGACGAAGCUGUCACUCAGUCCUGCUAAAGGAACAUCAGGCUCUAAGCUGACCAAAGUCUACUCUCACUCCUCCCUCAACCUGGCAGCAACAGAGGAGCCAGGAAAGCCAUCAGCUGAGACCACGAAGAAACCCCAAAGCCGUCCUGAUUCACCCUCAGGAUGUGUGACACCGAGCAGACUGGCCACUCAGAACGGAGAUAAGGACUGGGAGACUGGUUCCAAUGGAACAUCACCUGCCCCAGAAUACACAGGUCCAAAGCUCUUCAAAGAACCAAGCUUCAAGUCCAACAAAUUCAUCAUUCACAACGCUCUCUCCCGCUGCUGCCUGGCUGGAAAAGUCAACGAGACUCAGAAAACCAAGAUAGUUGAGGAAAUGGAGAAGAGUCCUGCCAACCACUUCCUCAUCCUCUUCCGUGACUCGAACUGCCAGUUCAGAGGCGUUUACACCAUGAACUCUGACUCCCAGGAGCUCGUACGUUUGGCCGGCGUAGGCCCACGGACAAUUAGCUCCGCCCAGGUUGAGUCCAUCUACAAAUACAGCUCAGACAGAAAGCAGUUCAGCGCCAUCCCCUCCAAAACCAUGGGCAUGAGUGUGGAUGCCUUCACCAUCCCCAGCCACCUUUGGCAGGGAGGAAGCGGAGGAGGAGGAGGAGGGAGCAGGAGAGCGAGCAUCACUAAGAAAGCAGUAGUUUCCAAAUGAAAGCAUCCAACAUGACCACGAUAGAGUAAAAAAAAAAACACUUUAUACUGUAAUUAUAGUGACAGCUUCUGUCAGACAUGACAAACAGUAGGAGGGAGGAUCAGGAAAGUAAGAAGAACUAAAGCAGACGUUUUUAUGUGAAACAGAACCAGAUCAUUAAGAAAACACUAUAGUUAUGAUGAAAACAGAACAGCGGUUAUGUGCACGCUGAAGUUUAACGUGUGCACAUAUACACCUUACCUCUCACCCGUGGAUUUUACUACAAAUAUAAAAAAAUUAAGAAUAUUUGUACCCCCUCUAAUGUGCAUGAAAAGGUUAACGGCACAGUUUUCUUUUCCAAACAAAGACACACUCAUACCCGGAGUGUGCAGAUGAAGGUUUUAUAAAUGUAAGGUUAAUGGCACAAGACGGAGUUACUUUUAAAAAGUCUCAAUAUGUAUACUUUCAUUCUUUAAAGUACAAACUCAAAAUGCCUUUUUCUUUUUAGAGAAAAUGCUAAGUUGAAGAACUCUUAAAAAGACACAUGAUUUCUGUCUGUUCCCACUCUGGUUCUGAGGACCGAGGGCCCCAAGUCAAGUCGUACGUUUUAUACUUUCACCCAAACAGAAGAGAAAAAGCCUUUUCAUGUUAUAGUAACUGCAGGACUUUAAACUUGCAUGGCAUUCAAGUUGAAUUCUGCCAACAACUUGCCGAUUGGUAGUCUUAAGCACAUUUGUUUUGCUAAAGAAAGAUAAAGAAGAAAAAAAAAAAACACGCCUUUCUCUGAGUGGAUCCAAAACAAGCGAGCAUGAAGAACCAUGAAGAUCAGGAAGCUGCUGUAAGAGGAGGGAUUUAGCAGUGAGUGACAUUUGGAGCCAACGUGCUCUUCCUUAAACGUCCAAAACCAAAACUAAAGUCAGCCAUAAGCUGUAAGAGCAUAGAGGUGAGCGUCUAAGGUCUGUGUCAGUGGUUUCCAGAGAGAUGAUCACCACAGCAUGAAUGGUUGUUUACUGUACCUGGUAUAAGCUUAUUUCUAAACACUGUCACAGUGGAGAGGUGAGGUUUAAUCAAACUACUAGGAAACGUGACUUUAUGUUUGAGCAUCAGAUGACAGCAGUCAUCAUUAGGCUUUCUGCAUAUGGAGGAUAAUGUGUGUCAUAAGAUUACAUUUAGUAUGUCUGAGUUUGUUGCACGAAAUUAGGAGUGGGGUUCAGUUUUAGUUCCAUAUUCAAGCUUGUAAACCAACCACUAAAUUCCCUACUGAGUCCCUUAUUGAAUCUUUUAUUUAUGGUCUUCUGUACACAUGCACUCCUGAAAAUUUAAAUGUUUUUGGUAUUAAUCAGGGUUCCUGCACAUCCUUAAAACCUCUUUAAAAUCCUACAUAUGAUAUUUUAAAUAAAAAGGUCUUACAGUGUCUCAAAAAAAAAGGGCUGUCAAAGGAUUACAUUUUCAAAUCA